CUUGAGGAUUUUCAUACCGAAAUGGCAUCGAAAACGUUUCUCAGAAUUGGCACUUCAAUGUUCAAUCGGGUUUCUAAUUCAUUUCUUCCCCAAGCGCUGUACUCGACUGACAAAAUUGCUUCUCGUAGCCUCGAUAUCACUCCCAGGCUAUUCCCAUCCGUCUCCAAGCUCCCUAGUUCUUUCGAGAUGCCCAAUAGCGAACUCCAACAUCUCAGCGAGUUCUCCUCAGGUGGCAUCGUGUAUCCUUGCGGCCUGCCCUCGCUUCGGUUCUUCUUACCCGACGGGGCUGGUUCAUCAGAAGAGCCAAUGCUCUUAUUUCCGAAAAGAACAUUCCAACCUAGCCUUAUACGGCGAAAGAGAAAUCAUGGAUUUUUUGCCCGCAAGGCAACCAAGGGUGGCCGAAAAGUCAUUGCUAGAAGAAUAGCGAAGGGCAGGUCAAGGAUUACAGCAUAGUCAAUCUGAUGCUUCUCCAGCGCAUUGGAUCUUUUGAUUUACUUUGAAUUUUCUUGCAUUCCAUGUUAAAUACCCUGCAAACCAGGACAAGUUGAAUUAGCUCUGGUGCCCUUCUUUUUUUCCCCCCAAGUGUGGGGGUUCUAGGGCGUUGGUGAUCUGUGAUGAAUCAACCUUUGACAAUCUGUUGAUUGCCCAAUGAGCAUGCCAAAAUAUUCUUGAGUCAAUCUCCACUUGUAUUCCUAACACAUACGGAUU